AUGGUGCCGUCCGCCUUGUUGCGCCCUUUGUCCAAGCUGGUGGCCUCGGCCAGGCUCCCCAGCAGCUUGUCAGCGCGGUCAAAGUUCUACAUUCGGGAAUCGCCACUUGGCAGACCUGACUGGCUGAAGGUUGGACUGACCUUGGGCACCUCCGUCUUCUUGUGGAUCUAUCUCAUCCAACAGCAUAAUGAAGAUGUUUUAGUGUAUAAAAGAAGAAAUGGGUUGGAAUAAA